UAGAAAUAUUACAUUUUGACACCCAUACACAUCAACAAAUAAAAUGUCGUUCAAGAAAAAUUCUCAGUGAUUCAAUUAAAAUCGAGUCAAUAAAAACCUGGAAGAUGUCAAACAAACCCUGCUCAUGUGGUGCUAAAAAAGGAAACUCAUCUGCAAUAUCUUCACCCAUCAACAUCAUCGAAAAAGAUGUAAAACCGGCUCCAGAUGAAUACAAAGAAGCCUUCGAAAUUACCGGCCUGGACAAGAUGCUGUGCACCGAAAUCAAAAACGAUGGAGAACAGAUCAUGCUGAGGAUUUGUCCUAAGCAGAGCCCUGUUAUUAUCGGAGGGGCACUCAGUCACUCCGAGUACAUUAUCGAUCGUAUCGACUUUCACUGGGGCUCUUCCCAUACCAUCAACAACGAAAGAUUUCCACUGGAAACGCACAUCUUUAUGUACUGCACUGAGUUUUCAGGAAUCGACCAAGCUAUUGAAAAGGAGGGCACAGCAGCUCUAUCUAUUUUAUAUGAAUUCUCAGACAUAACAAGUUGUGGAAUCUGCAAAUUGAUUCCAUUCGUGACUCAAAUCAGCAAAUGCGUGGACAAACCAAUUCCUUAUUGUACACAGGAUCCACAACUUUUCCGUCCUAUCAACCUGGGGUUGAGUGGACUAUUUUCCAGGAGAAGCUGCCUAUUACCAGGAUGGACCUAGGAUUAUUUACAAAUAUCUGUAACUCAUGUGGAAAUUUGAUUGUGUCAAAUUUCAGACCGGUACAACCGAUUCCACCAGGAGGAGAAGUGUUUGUUGUUUCAGAUGGCAAAGAUUGCGUGUGCUCCUCGAAGAAAUAGGCAUACCUGCAGUGAUUCUGUUCUAAAGAAAUUGAUAAAAUAAAGUUUACUGAGAACCCGUA